AUGGACGAUAUCUUGCAAUGGAAGAAAUUAAUACAUCAGGAAACUGUUGCUUCUCCUUCAGAUUUUUCUACAACAUUAACUAUCAUAACGAAAGGACAAACAUCAUCAUUGCUUAAGGUUGAAGCAGUUGACCUGCUUGCUUUAAAAUUUCAAAAUUUAAAAAAACUGUCAAAUUUUCUACAAAAUCCAGACUAA